UUCAUAGCUUAUUUAAUGAUUUUUCCUCUUUCCCUGCAUGAAAUAUUAAUUGUAGGGUACCUGAAUAAAAAAUACUGGUAGUAGUAUCGAAUAUUACGUUAUCGAAUGCAUAUCGAUCCAUCCCGUGCUCUCUUUAUAAACAAACCAAAAUUCUCCGUCUCUCUCAUCACUACUACAAUUCUCCACUGGCUACUCUCUCCCUCUCUAUCUCUCUAGAUAUAUAGAUCUAUAGAUUAUAUAUAUACACUGUCUACAACAUAUACGUACGUGUACAUAUAUAUAGUGAGAGAGAGAGAAAGUGAUGGAGAUAAGGUAUUGGCGGAGGUCGAGAGGAUACGAAAGGCUAGAUGGGUCGGCGAAGAAGGCGAAAUCGGGUCGGGAAAAUGUGAAGCGGGUCAAAUUGGAUCGGACCCGGAAGAGAAGGUUUUGGAGGAUCAAGAUAGUGCCGAAGCUGAGGAUCUUGAAAAAGAAGGCGUCUCCUAAGAAGCUUUUGACUCGGCUUCGAGAUGCUUACGUCAACAUGAUGCUCCGCCUCGCCAAUUCUCGGGUCAUCGGGUCGUCGUACGGGUACGGCGAAUACGGGCCGUACGGGUCGGGUUUGGCGUCCAGAGAGUACGAUGAGAAGAAGCUGGUCGAGAUUUACAAAUCGAUUUUGAUUGCGCAGGGGACUCUCGUGCACCCCGAUGUUCCCAAACUUUCCUCCGAUUCUGUAAUUAAACUCUCUCACCCCCCACUUGGGUAAUUAAUUAAAUCCAUUUACAAACACACAAACCAAAUUGGAGAUUAUCGAUGUUCAAAGUUGUGGUUGUGAUCACUGAUCACUGAUCUGUAUUAAUGUUACUAAUCAUAAACCAAAGGUA